GCUCGACAGAGGCGAUGAUUACAAAAUUGAACUUCUGACCUAGCCGCUACGAUUUAGCGCCCUUCUCGUGACACGGCCAGAACUCGGACGUUGUGCACUUCUUACUCCUUUCUGGCCAAAACCCGGGCGUUUUGCAUCUUCCUACUCAUCUCUGGUUUUUGCGAUACUACUGUUUCCUUCUAGAGUCGUUUGCUCGUGACAUUUUAAGGUUAUGUUAUGUGACGUUUGAAAUACUUAGUCAUGAAUAAGAGUGUGGAUUCUAUUUACAAGUGUCGCCUUUGCCUUACGGACAUCAACGAGACUAACUCAGCGCCCAUAUUUUCACAAUUAGAAACAUGUAUAAACGGUAUUCCUCUCUCGGCCAAAAUAAUGGUCUGUGUAUCACUUACGGUUCAAGAAGACGACUCCUUUCCACAACAAAUAUGUAAAAACUGCGAAGAUCGUAUAAAUUGCUUUUAUACAUUUCGCGAAACAUGCUACAGAGCAUACCUUUCACUCAUUCAAGAAUGCGCUAACUGCAAACGUCUCGAACAACAGAUUCACAAACAAAAUAUGAAGAAUAAUCGGAUAAAAGAUUACAAGGGACGUACCUCAAGAGAACAUCGUAAGAAUAAAAAACACAUGGCUGAAUUAAAAUUGAGUAAGAACCUAGAGGAGCCUAGAAAUAUAUUAAUUGAUGCUAUAGAUUUUAUCAUUGGAGACGGAACGUACGUGGAAACGACAGAUGAACGAGAAAACUUACGUGCUGAUAAAUUGUCAAAAAAUGCAGUCCAUCAGGAGUCAUCUGAAUCAGAAAAUAGCGCUAUAAAAAUAGUGGCGAUCAGUCAUGAUAACACAGUGAAGAGUAUAAAAGAUGAUAACGAGAUAAAUAUGAAAUGUAAAAAUGGUCGAGUAAAUAGAAAAAGCAGACAAGCAUCACAUAGUCAAGGUACAACAGAGGAAUCUGAAUAUGAUUUGGAACAAAAUAUACCACAACAUCAUAUAGUUUGUGUCGAUACGAAUCAGCCAUGUGCUAGUGGAGUACUAAAACAAGAUACUGUAGAUAUUGAAAACAGUUUAAAACUAACCAAUGAAAAAUAUACAAAAGCAAAGACACUAGAUAAAAUUGAAAAAAUCAUACAAGCGGCGCAACUGCAGGAAAUAAUUCCUGUAGACCCUACAGUGGAGAAACAAAGUGAAGAUUGUGAAAAUUUAAACAAUGUGGAAAAUUCGAGCGUGGAGGAAACUGCUCCAAAUACAUAUUUGGAUGAUUCGACAAUGGAAAGUUGCUACCAAGUGGAAGAAAUAGAAGAGCAAAUACUUUGCGGUGAAUAUAUGGAGCGUAGAUAUAAGUACAAAUGUUUACGUUGCCAUAAAUGCUUUGCCGAUCUUCAUAUGGUGACAAUGCAUUAUAUUGACUGUUGUCGCGAUACGGAAAUAUUAAGGAACGAUCAAACUCUUGAUCAACCAAUCGGAGUGGAGCAUUUAGAUAAUAACUUUAAGGAUACAUUAGUAAACUGCAAUGCCGACCAUGCAACGGAAGAAUCGCUGCCAGAUAAAGAAAUUUCUGAAACACGACUUAAGUGUAUUUGCAAUGAAGAUACGUCAAGUAGCAAGUAUAGGAUAUCCUUAGAGGAAUCAAAUAGUUUUAAAAAGGAAUACGAAUCAGAUUUGGACACUGAAGUAGAAGUAAAUGGUUCAGAUGAUGUUGAUGCCUUAAACAUUAGGAAUAUGAAAAGCGAUGUCUCUAGUGUCAAUACUGAGAUACCAAUAAUUCGCACAAACAGCGAUGGCGCGGAAUCAAACGGCAACACGACUGUUAAAUCAAACGAUGUAAAUGAAAAAUCGCAAAGUCAAAAACGAAAACGUAAAAGUCACAGGUAUAAAAUGGACCAUCCGUGUCCCCACUGUAAUAGCAUGUUCAGAAAUGCUUCUUUAUUAAAGAGACACUUGUCAGUACACACCGGCGAGCGGCCUUACGCAUGUGAAAAAUGUAAUAGGAGAUUUUCUCAGUUGGGACAGUUAAACUUCCAUCGUAAUUUUCAUGAAAAUCCUCGUUAUCGUUGUGAAAUAUGUAGCAAGCCAUUUUUGCGACCAAGCGAUAUUCAAAAGCACAUGAGAACACACACUGGUGAAAAACCAUACAAUUGUCAAUUGUGCUCAAAGUCCUUUGCACAAUUGGUCGCUCUGCAACAGCAUGAACGAAUUCAUACAGGUGACAAGCCAUAUACUUGCGAAAUAUGCGGAAAGCGAUUUACGCAAAAAGCCAAUAAAACUAAACACGUGAAGAUACAUAAGGAGGGUGCAAAACCUCACACUUGCGAAAUUUGCGGUAGGAGUUUUUCUGACUUGAACGAAAUGGAGUUGCAUAGGGGUGGCCAUGGGGGUGGAAAACCAAGAAAGUGUGACCAUUGUAAUGAGAGUUUUCGAAAAAUUUCUGAACUGACGCAACAUAUAAGGCGCUUUCACACUUUCGAGAGACCACAUAAAUGUGCUAUUUGUCCUAAAGCUUUUUAUUCAGUUUACAAUUUGAAGCAACACGUUAUGGUCCAUACUGGACAGCGACCUUUUAUCUGUCCCAAGUGCGACUUGAGGUUCACGCAAAAAGGUAAUCUUACCAAGCAUUUUGAGAGAAAGCAUGCGGAAUACAUGCUUGAAAAGGAAAAAUACAUAACGAUUAGUGAGGAGGAGUAUCAUGGCGAUGAUAUGUUGAUCAUAGAAGGAUCUAUGAGUGAUAAGAUAAGUGAACCGUUGAUUGUCGAACGGGAAGAAACAAUUGAGUUAAGAAAUGAAGAUUUGAAAAAUAUCAGUGAUAAUAAUAUUCAGAUUUUGGACAUGGGGGAAUAAAUUGGACUAUAUAUACAAUCUGUUUAUUUAUAUUUCAACUAUUUUUUUCAUAUUUUUAAUACAUUCGUAAGAAAAAGUCUUGCACUUUUUAAUUACACUGUACUCUAGUUUACGCAUUUACUGUAAAUAUUUAUUAGGAUAAAUGUAAAUAUACAUAUAUCUGUUCGUCAUUAUUAUCCAUUCUUUUAAUGAAAAAUCAGAUUACCAUUAUUCGAGAUUACCAUAUCCAUGAGCCGAGUCUCGCCUCAAGUACACGCAAUCGGCUGUACAGGUGACGAACUGUCGAGACUCUUUACCCGAGUAAAAUCUUAUACCUAUGUUUGGAAUAAAAUAUCUUAUGAACCGCCAUAUAUAUGAGAAAAAAUUAUUGAUAUAUUCACUGUAGGAAUUGAGGGUUCUGAAUCGAUUGCUAACAGGAUCAAUACGAUUAGUGUACGAAAUCAGGGUGUAUUAACAUGGUGAGCGAGAUGAUUUUAUUUCAGUUCCGUCGUCUUCGUUGUCUUCGCACGUCCAUUUACUUUUCCACAUAACGAAUGGCACUGAUGUAGAUACACGGUUGAUUCUUGGGCAACGACAGGCAUUCGACGGUACAGCCAAGGCGACGAAACGAGUCAUGUAACUGAGCGUCAUUAAUGGCGUCCUGUUUGUGAACACCGUGCGGUGGGGUAAGAGAGGAAAGUGCCGAUUCGUUCGCACUAAUGCUCUGCGUAAAGGACGCAAUCAGCGACGCUUUGGCAUCUCGCUCACACCAUAGGAUCCCUCUCUGAGCUGCUCGCACGGCUUGAGGUACGUAAAUAAUCCUGUACACUCUCCUCUCUUACCUUUACCACAUGGCGUCAACAAACUCGAGACCAUUAAUGACGCUUAUAUGGAUUGAAAAUUAGAUUUUAUUAAAAAAUGUAUAUAUAUUAUUAUGUAUAUCUAAAAAAUUAAAUUUAUAUGCCAUUAAACAUUUGCGACAACGUGAUAUAUUCUUCAAGUGACGUCACAAUGUAUUUACAUUUUAUAUCUGUAACAAUAUAGAUUUGAAUGCUUA